UUUGCAGAACCGAUUGGGUUUUUUUUUUCCACGCCAUGUUGCCGCACAAAGUAUCGCGAUACUUCCGCGGGAGCAACGCGCCCAUGCGUUAUAGCCCAGGAAACCCCGUAUCGUCCUCCUUUCCCAACAUGGCACCGAAGGCGAAGAAAGAAGCUGUCCCCGCCAAGACCGAGGCCAAGUCCAAGGCCCUGAAGGCCAAGAAGGCGGUGCUGAAAGGCGUCCACAGCCAGAAGAAGAAGAAGAUUCGCACUUCUGCUACCUUCCGUCGACCCAAGACUCUUCAUCUGCGCCGGCAGCCUAAGUACCCCCGCAAGAGUGCUCCUCGCAGGAACAAGCUGGAUCACUACGCCAUCAUCAAGUACCCCCUCACCACCGAGUCGGCCAUGAAGAAGAUCGAGGACAACAACACGCUGGUGUUCAUCGUGGACGUCAAGGCCAACAAACACCAGAUCAAACACGCCGUGCGCAAGUUGUACGACAUCGACGUGGCCAAAGUCAACACCCUCAUCAGGCCGGACGGUGAGAAAAAGGCGUACGUGCGUCUCGCCCCAGAUUAUGAUGCAUUGGAUGUGGCUAACAAGAUUGGGAUCAUCUAAGCUGCUGAACGCCACAAUAAAUAUUUGUAUAAAUUAA